UUUUCGGAUCUGGCAACCUUGUCUCGUGUUGGUGCUGGUAGCAGCAUGGAGAGAAACAAGUCAGCGUUUGCUUAUUACCAGUCAUUAAAAGAAAAGUCUGCACACACACAGGCCUCCAUUUCACCAGUAAAGAAAAAAAAGAAGAGGAAGCAGAAUGGACUACAGCCAACCAUGAGUGCCAAGAAAAAGACAAAGCAGGAGGAAAAUCAUGAUGAGUUUGUCAGUGAGGAACAUCGACCAGCGAACGGGACCGAUCACGUACGCAAUGAUGCACUUCACACAAUUCUCACUGAGCUGGCUGAUGUGGACAACAGCAGGGAGCGAGCGAACAUGCUGUUUCAGUGGAUAAUUUAUCCUGUUACAGCCAAAACCUUUUUCAGGGAUACUUGGGAGAAGAAGCCCCUUUUGAUCAGACGCCAGAAUCCACACUACUAUGAUGGCCUUUUCUCAACGGCAGAGUUUGACCGCAUUUUGAGAAACGAUGAUGUCCAGUACGGAGUGAAUCUGGAUGUGACGAGCUACACAAACGGCAAGAGAGAGACACACAAUCCUCCAGGGAGAGCUCUGCCCUACACAGUGUGGAAUUUCUAUGAGAACGGCUGCUCGCUGAGGAUGCUGAACCCUCAGGCCUUUUCCUCUACCGUGUGGAACGUUCUGUCCAUCCUGCAGGAAAAGUUCGGCAGCAUGGCAGGAGCCAACGUGUACUUAACCCCAGCAGGAACACAGGGAUUCGCACCGCAUUACGACGAUAUCGAAGCGUUUAUUGUGCAGUUGGAAGGCAAGAAGCACUGGAGAGUGUAUAACCCCCGAACUGAAGACGAUGUGUUAUCGCUUGUGUCGAGCCCUAAUUUCAGUCAGUCCGAGAUCGGAAAGCCUGUGCUGGACGUAGAGCUCGAGCCGGGUGAUUUGCUGUAUUUCCCCCGUGGGUUUAUUCACCAGGGCAACUGCCUCCCGGACGCCCACUCGCUACACAUCACUAUCUCCUCGUACCAGAGGAACAGCUGGGGUGAUCUGCUUCUGAAGGUGAUGCCAGCGGCUUUGGAAAUGGCAGUGGAGGAGGAUGCAGAGUUUCGAAAAGGACUUCCUCUUGAUUACCUCACCUACAUGGGAGUACAGAACUCUGACAAGGAAGAUCCACGCAGAGACCGAUUCCUGUCCCAGAUGGAGGGUUUAAUGAAGAAGUUAGCUUCCUACGCUCCAGUGGACGCCGCUGUGGAUCAGAAAGCACGAGAGUUUCUACACGACUGCCUGCCACCCGUGUUAACUCCAGCUGAGACGGCGAGCAGCGUGUACGGCGCUCCUGUGCGAUUCGAGGAUGGAGAGGCCAUGGAUUUGAAAACCCACGUGAAGCUUCAGACCAAAAUAAGACUCCUCCGUGCAGAGAUCGCCAGGCUGUGCAGUGACGGCGAGGCCGUGCAUCUUUACUACACCACAGAGAACUCCAGAGUUUAUCACAAAGAGGAGCCAAAAAGCCUGGAGAUAAAUGCAGAACACACAGAUGCGGUCGAGUUCCUGAUCCACUCGUACCCGAAGUUCAUCACCGUCUCAAGUUUACCCUGCGACUCCGCAGAAGAAAAGGUGUCCUUGGCAGAGAUGCUGUUUUCAAAAGGACUGAUCCACACAAGAGAACCUUUGAGCACUAAGUGAAGAGUCCAUCUGUUCACCGUUCGUCUGGAACAAGUCUUUGUUGUUCUGGUUUUCUUCACUUAAUAAAAAUUCGAGAUCAGGAUUAAAGUUGCAAUUGACUGACUGAUUGAAAGUUACAACCUUUGCAAUAAACAGUUGAAUGUCUGAA